UUGGAAGAACAAAACAUGAUUUUAGAGGCUAACCAGCCCACUCGCAAAUCCUCCAAGGCACCCUCGGAUCUUGUCGCAUUCGAUGAAGAAGUGAAGACAUUUGCAAAGAAAUAUGGUGUUAUGUAUGAGAUGUUCCUGCUGAAUGCUGAACUGCUCAAGAAGGCUUUGCUGGUGUCUGCUCUGCCAUUUGAACAAGCUGCUUGA